CCAGUGAGCAUCAGGGACUGCUGAUAGGACACCGCCGCAGCGCACCACCCGCAACCAUUCGAUUUCGACUGCUUGGUCAAUACACCAUGCAUUCGCAUUGUGCUCUGAAGAAAGCUGGAAGGAUUUCAUCAAUGCAGAGAAUCUGACGGAAAAGACUCAGCCUAAAAGUGGGAUCUGGAAAGAAAACCAACACCUUCAUCUCGGCUUUCUGUGACCUACAAACAAAAAAGACAUCCUUCAACACUUGAACCGAGAAACGUCUCUGUCCACUCCACCCUGUAUGCUUUAUUAAUGAUGUCAGAACAGACGCAAUGCAGUGAUGACCCACAUCGAUAGAAGGUCAAUCACUGGAAAGCGGAUGCAAAUCUCAGCACAAUUGGAAGAGUAUAGAACCUUCUAGAAACAGAACAGUGGUUCUCAACUAUUUUGAUUCAAAAGCUUCUCGUUGUCCAACACAGUUUUCAGUGCCUUAGGUAGGAAAUUUCUGCUAUAAUUAUGACAAAUAUUGCUAGUUAUUAAUUGAUUUAUAAACAUAAAUUGGGAAACAAGCAGAAGUAGUAAAUAAGGGGGGGAAAUAAAUAUGAUUUCUUGAUGUUAUGUAUUUUAAGCAUUUUAUUAAAGUUUUAAUUUAUGAAUAACAUUAUUAUUAUCAGUUGAAUAAAUGAUCAUAUAUUCAACUGAAUAAUUUUAAGUCAUCCUGUGGCCCCCUUUGAAGUUUUCUGUGAGCCCUUGUGGCUCUCGGUCCCUGGUUGAGAACCAUUGAUCUAGAAUAUGAGUAAAGAGAACACUUUCUUAGUCCUUUUUCUAUAACUGCAUAUAAAAUAAUAUUGAUAACCUUUAAAAACGAGAUUAUUGGUAGAAAUUGCUCCUCAGUGAAAAUAGUAAGAAAUGUCUGUGUUUCUAGAAAGAAUGCUUCUGAACAAAACUAAACCAGCACUGACAUCAAAGGAUGGAUGGUUUGUGUUCAUUUGAGCGAUGCUUUCCAAAUAACUACACGUGAUUGGCCCCGGGGGCUGAACGCUUGUGAUUGACAGGUGAUCCAGCCACUGACGAGAUGCCAUCAAAGGUGUCAUGCCUGUAUUUGCUGACUGUGGUCCUCUGGGCAAGUGCGCUGUGGUAUUUCAGUGGCUCUCGGCCCUCAACCACCUACAUGGGUCAGGUGACCUUCAACACCCGCAAACCGCUCCCGAAGCUCUCGAAGAACGACACGUUCAGUAAUAUCCGAACGCGUGCUCUGAACCCACAUAAUUUCAAGUUCCUCAUCAACGAGCCCAACAAAUGUGAAAGCACAACGCCCUUUCUUGUUCUCCUCAUAAGCACCAACCACAAGGAGUUUGACGCCCGCCAGGCGAUCCGGGAGACGUGGGGAGAUGAAAACACGUUUGGCGACGUUCGCAUUUUGACGCUGUUCCUUCUUGGGUACAGCACUGAACCUGUCCUCAACCAGAUGGUGGAACAAGAGAGCCAGAUCUUCCAUGACAUCCUAGUCGAGGACUUUGUAGAUUCAUACCACAAUUUGACCCUGAAGACUCUCAUGGGCAUGAGAUGGGUGUCCUCAUUCUGCCCCAAUGCGCAGUACAUCAUGAAAACAGACAGUGAUAUAUUUGUCAACAUGGAAAAUUUAGUGUUUAACCUUCUAAGACCCAACACCAAACCAAGGCGACGCUUUUUCACAGGACAUGUGAUAAACGGAGGACCCAUUCGUGACGUCCACAGCAAGUGGUUCAUGCCCAGAGAGCUCUACCCUGAUAGCAGGUACCCACCCUUUUGCUCUGGCACUGGAUACGUCUUCUCCGGGGACAUUGCAGAGCUGGUUUAUAAGACCUCCCUCCAUACAAGACUCCUACAUCUGGAGGAUGUGUAUGUGGGACUGUGCCUGCGGAAACUAGGCAUUCAGCCUUUCCAGAACAGUGGAUUUAAUCACUGGAAGAUGACCUACAGUCUCUGCCGCUACCGAAAAGUGUUAACUGUACAUCAGAUCUCACCAGAGGAGAUACUGAGAAUAUGGAACGAUAUGUCCAACAAGAAACAUCUCAAAUGUUAGCAUUUUUGCUGAUAUGUGAUUAAAAAAAGGUUAUUUAUUGGUAUUAACAAAACUGUUUGUGACCUUCCUGGUCUGAUACAGCAAUACAAUCUGUUGCUUGCAACACAGACCACACUCAUGAAACUGAUGGAACUGGAUUCAAAAGGUAUUUGCAAUGGUUGUAAACUGAGUGUUUUUGGCCUUGCAUACAUACCAUUAUUCAUGUACCAGGCCGCUUUGAAUGCUUUAUAUAAAUAAUACCAACUUUCAAAUUAAUACAGUAUUGUGAGAAGUAGCAGUGCAGUAUUUACUAUCCCAAAUGGCUGCCAUGAAUGAAUGAAUGAAUGAUGCAUUUAUAUAGCGCUUUAUUGUGUAUUGCUGUACACUCAAAGCGAUUUACAAUCAUGUGGGGGGAUCUCUCCUCAACUAACACCAGUGUGCAGCACACACCUGGAUGAUGCGACGGCAGCCACAGUACAACACCGGCAGUGCGCUCACCACACACCAGCUACUGGUGGAAGAGAGGGGAAAUCAAGUGGAUGGGGAUUAUUAGGAGGUCGUGAUUGACAAGGGCCAGUGGUGGCAGUUUGGCCAGGACGAUGUUACACCACUACUCUUUACAGGAAGUGCCAGAGAUUCCGUCAUUAUACUGGGGCAUUAGGACCCACACAGACCACAGUGUGAGCACUCUCUGCUGGCCUCACUAACACCUCUUCCAACAGCAACCUAGUUUUCACAGGAAGUCUCCCAUCCAGGUACUGUACUAACCAGGCUCAACCCUGUCUUAGGCUGCAAGGUCAUAUGACUGUGGCAUAAACUACAUUUAUUCUGUAUAUCACUUCAAAUGGAAAAUAACUAUAACCCAAGAGAAUGCAUAUUUAUGUGUAGUUCAUGCCUUUGCAAAGCAGUAGAGCUCAGUUUUAUUACUGGGGUUAGGAAUAUUAUUUAGCUUUUUUUUUAGGUUACAAUUAAAUAAAGUAUGCAAAAAUAGAUGGCAUACACACUUUAAUUUUGCAUGCAGUGCUCACUUUUUUUUAAAGGGGUUGCAUCUUUUUUUAUUGUAUAUACAAUAAUAUAAUAUAAAUACACUGCCCGUCCCAAAAUGAAAGUCACCACCUGGAUGUAACUAAGCAGAUAGGUAAGAUCCUCCCAUUGAAUAUUUACUGCAUGUAUAUGUUAUAUGCCCAAAUAAUGAGGUCAGCUGACUCCCUGAAAAUACUGAAUUAUUCCAACAAUAAUUUGUUUCUUCCCUGAUGGCACAGGCAUAUUCCAAGAUGACAAUACCAGGAUUCAUUGGCUCAAAUUGGGAAAAAGUGGAUCAGGGAGCAUGCAACAUCAAUUUCACACAUGGAUUGGCCACCAUAGAGUACAGAGUCAGACCUUAACUCCAUUAAUGUGCUGGAGAAAACUUUGCACAGCGGUCUGAUUCUCCCAUCAUCAAUACAAGAUCCUGGAAAAAAAUGAAUGCAACUCUGGAUGGGAAUAAAUGUUGUGAUAUUACAGAAGCUUAUCGAAAUUAUGCCAUGGUGAAUGCGUGCCGUAAUCAAAGCUAAAGGCGGUCCAAUGAUAUAUUAGAGUGUGUGACUUUUUUUUGGA